UCCAAUUAAUUCUUUCCUCACCAGCCAUGGCCGCCAUUCUCGAAAAAAUCGAAGCUUCUUACAACCCCAAAAUCCAAAUUUCAGACAAUCGAAGAAGAAGACACGAAGAAGACGACAAUGGCAGCGCCGGCGGCUCCGGUCCACUAGAACUUCAUUUAUGGCCGCUAUUUCUACUAAUUUUCCAGUCAUUGUUUGGCGCGGCAAAUUCCGUGCCGUGGGACGGAAUAAUUGUAACAGAAUCAGACUACAAUUCCCUCCAGGCGCUGAAGCACGACUUCGUGGAUCCAAACGGGGUCUUAUCCAGCUGGUCCGGCGGCGCCGCCGGCGCCUGCUCCGGCGAUUGGGCCGGCAUUAAAUGCGCUCAGGGACAGGUCAUCGUCAUCCAGCUACCCUGGAAAAGCCUAUCAGGCAGCCUGUCGGAAAAAAUCGGGCAAUUCCAGGCCCUGAGGAAGCUCAGCCUCCACGACAACUCCAUCGGCGGCGCCGUCCCGGCGGCGCUAGGUUUCCUCCGCAACCUCAGAGGCCUCCAGCUUUUCAACAACAGAUUUUCCGGCGCGAUCCCGCCGGAGCUCGGCUCGUGCCCUCUUCUUCAGACACUCGAAUUGGCUAACAAUUCCCUGUCCGGAUCGAUCCCCGAAAGCCUCGCGAAUUCGACGAAACUAAUCAGGGUCAGUCUUGGCCACAAUUCCCUGUCGGGACCAAUCCCUGUCAGGCUUACAACUUCGUCUUCUCUUAUGUUUCUUUCCUUGGAAAUGAACAACUUUUCCGGCCCGAUUCCGGACACCUGGGGCGGCGGCAAAUCCAGGCUCCGAUCCCUGAUUCUUGACCGGAAUUUGUUCACCGGCGGAAUUCCGGCGACAAUCGGAACCCUGUCGGAGCUUCAGACACUCGACCUGUCGGGGAAUUGGCUCAACGGCAGCUUGCCGGAAAGCCUGUUUGGUAAUAACCUGAAGAACCUGUCAGUUCUUAACCUAAGAGACAACCAAUUCGAUGGGAAGAUUCCAGAAACAAUUGGGGAACUAAAUUCACUCAAAAACAUCGAUCUUUCCCACAAUAGAUUCAAUGGUGAGAUUCCAGGCCUUCUUACAAAGAUUCCGAAUCUCCAAUCCUUCGAUGUUUCUUACAACAACUUAUCAGGCCCUGUCCCUAUAAGCCUGUCCCAAAAAUUCAACCAAACCUCAUUCACAGGCAAUGUUAACCUCUGUGGCUACACUGCUUCAUCCCCCUGCCACCCCUCCCCACCCCACCCCACCCCGCCCCCCUCCCGCCGUCGACAAAAACUCGAUACCAAAGACAUCAUCCUCAUCCUGGCAGGGAUUCUUGUCAUAAUUCUCCUUAUCACCUGCUGCAUUCUUAUCUGCUGCUUACUCAAGAAACGACAGGCGACAAAUCGGGACAAGCCGCGCGCCGUAUCGAGCGGAAAGGUCAUCGAGAUCGAGGUCGAACCGAGCGGCGGAAAGCUCGUCCAUUUCGACGGGCAGAUGGACUUCAGCGCCGACGAUCUUCUCUGCGCCACGGCCGAGAUUUUGGGCAAAAGUACUUAUGGAACGGUGUAUAGAGCUACCAUGGAGAAUGGAGUUCAAGUUGCUGUCAAAAGAUUGCGCGAAAAAAUUACGAAAGGGCAGCGCGAUUUCGAGGCGCAAGCCGAGGUUUUGGCCAAGAUUAGGCACCCGAACCUUCUCGCCCUUCGGGCUUACUACUUAGGCCCUAAAGGCGAAAAAUUGCUCGUCUUCGACUACAUGCCGAAUGGGAGCCUCGCCACAUUCCUCCAUGGCCGAGGACAAAACGCGUCGAAGAAUUGGCCGACGAGGUUGAAGAUCGUGCGGGACAUAACAAAAGGCCUAAUGUACCUCCACAAGAAUGCCAACACAAUCCACGCGAACUUAACGUCGAGCAACGUCCUUCUCGACGAGCAAACGGAUGCCAAGAUCAGCGAUUUUGGGCUGGCGCGGCUGAUGUCGGAGGUGGCGAAUGCAAACGUGUCGGCAACGGCGGGGCUGUUGGGGUACCGCGCGCCGGAGGUUUCCAAGUCGAGGAGGGCCACGGCGAAGAGCGACGUGUACAGCCUCGGCGUGAUCAUGCUGGAGCUUCUGACGGGGAAGUCGCCGGCGGAGGAGGCUAUGGAUGGCCAGGAUUUGCCGCAGUGGGUGGCGGCGGUGGUGAAGGAGGAGUGGACUAAUGAGGUGUUCGAUUUCGAGCUGAUGAGGGAUGCAUCGGCGAUUGGCGACGAGCUGCUGAAUGCUUUGAAGCUGGCCUUGCAUUGUGUUGAUCCGGUGCCGGCGGCACGGCCGGAGCUGGGGCAGAUCCUCCGCCAGCUGGAGGAGAUUGCGGCGGCGGGUGGCAGCGGGGGGGUGGAAACGUCGCCGGUGGAUUGAAAGGUGACUGAUCCAAUAUUAUUCUUUUAUUCUUGAAUUUGUAGGAUGUGAAUCCUUCUUGAUUCCUCCUAUAUAUAUAUAUAUAUGUAGUGUAACAUUCAACAUUUGAUUGAACAAAUACUGUUUUUUUUUUUUUUUUUUUUCAAUAUAU